AUGGAGUUAAGUGAAGAUUGUAUAAAAAGAAAAGAAAACGUUUUAAUAAAAAAUGAAGAUUCUUUAGAGCAACAUGUUAAUGUACAAAUUAAAUCAGAAGUCGAAGAAUACAUGUUUGAAAGUAAUUAUACAGGAGAUUCUCUAUCAGAUUGUUCGACCAAUAUUAAAAUAGAAGAACAUGUGUUACAUCAGGAAAUAAGUGACCCUUUCCCUGCCAUUACCAUGCAAGAAGUUAAGACAGAAAUCAAAAAAGAACUAGAUGAAUAUAAUUUAGAAGUAAACCAUGGGUGUGGUACUAUAUUUAAAAGUAAGAGUAUGAAAAAUUUAGACUCUGAAACAGAUGUAACAUUCCAGAUAGGAGCCUCAACCGAGAUAGAUAAUGAAAAACCUUGUUUGCGUCAGAACGAGAUUAAAACGAAAUCCGAAAGAUCAUUGGUAACACACACACGAGAAAAUUCGUAUAAAUGUGAAACAUGUUUGAAGGAAUUUACUGCAUUAAGAUAUUUAAAAAAACAUUUAAUGAUACAUACAGAAGUAAAGCCUUACAAGUGCAAAAUUUGUUUUAAGCAAUUUAGACAGGAUGUACAUGUAAAAACUCAUUUAAGAAUACACACUGGAGAAAAACCUUACAAGUGUGAAAUUUGUUCUAAGCGAUUUAGUCGAAAUGAUUAUUUGAAAAAUCAUUUAAGAAUACACACUGGAGAAAAGCCUUACAAGUGUGAAAUUUGUUUUAAGCAAUUUAUUGAAGCAGAAACUUUAAAAUUACAUUUAAGGAUACACACUGGCGAAAAGCCUUACAAGUGCGAAAUUUGUUUUACGCAAUUUACUCAAGCAGACUCUUUGAAAAAGCAUUUAACAAUACACACUGGAGAAAAGCCUUACAAGUGUGAAGUUUGUUCUAAUAAAUUUAGUCAAAUUAGACAUUUGAAAAUACAUUUAAGGAUACAUACUGAGGAAAAACCGUACAAGUGUGAAAUUUGUUCUAAGCAAUUUAUUGAAGCUGGAUAUCUAAAAAAGCAUUUAAGGAUACACACUGGAGAAAAGCCUUACAAGUGCGAAAUUUGUUUUACGCAAUUUACUCGAGUAGACUAUUUGAAAAAGCAUUUAACAAUACACACUGGAGAAAAGCCUUACAAGUGUGAAAUUUGUUUUAAACAAUUUACCGAAGCAGGAACUUUAAAAAAGCAUUUAAGGAUACACACUGGAAACAGCCCGUACAAGUGUGAAGUUUGUUCUAAGCAAUUUAGUCAAAUUGGACAUUUGAAAAAUCAUUUAAGGAUGCACACUGGAGAAAAACCUUACAAGUGUAAAAUUUGUUCUAAGCAAUUUAGUCGAAAUGAUUAUUUGAACAAUCAUUUAAGAAUACACACUGGAGAAAAGCCUUACAAGUGCAAAAUUUGUUCUAAGCAAUUUAGUCAAACUGGAAACUUGGAAAUGCAUUUAAGAAUACACACUAGCGAAAAGCCUUAUAAGUGUGAAGUUUGUUCUAAUAAAUUUAGUCAAAUUAGACAUUUGAAAAUACAUUUAAGGAUACACACUGAAGAAAAGCCGUACAAGUGUGAAAUUUGUUCUAAACAAUUUAUUGAAGCUGGAAAUCUAAAAAGGCAUUUAAGGAUGCACACUGGCGAAAAGCCUUACAAGUGUGAAAUUUGUUUUAAGCAAUUUAUCGAUACAGGAACUUUAAAAAGGCAUUUAAGGAUACACACUGGCGAAAAGCCUUACAAGUGCGAAAUUUGUUUUACGCAAUUUACUCAAGCAAAUUCUUUGAAAAAGCAUUUGACAAUACACACUGGAGAAAAGCCUUACAAGUGUGAAGUUUGUUCUAAUAAAUUUAGUCAAAUUAGAUAUUUGAAGAAGCAUUUAAGGAUACACACUGGCGAAAAGCCUUACAAGUGUGAAAUGUGUUUUAAACAAUUUACCGAAUCAGGAACUUUACAAAACCAUUUAAAGAUACACACUGGAAACAACCCGUACACGUGUGAAGUUUGUUCCAAGCAAUUUAGUCAAAUUAGACAUUUGAAAAAGCAUUUAACAAUACACACUGGAGAAAUGCCUUACACGUGCGAAAUUUGUUUUACGCAAUUUAUCGAAGCAAGAUCUUUAAAAAGGCACUUAAGGAUACACACUGGCGAAAAGCCUUACAAGUGCGAAAUUUGUUUUACGCAAUUUACUCAAGCAGACUCUUUGAAAAAGCAUUUAACAAUACACACUGGAGAAAAGCCUUACAAGUGUGAAGUUUGUUCUAAUAAAUUUAGUCAAAUUAGAUAUUUGAAGAAACAUUUAAGGAUACAUACUGGCGAAAAGCUUUACAAGUGUGAAAUUUGUUUUAAGCAAUUUAUUGAAGCUGGAAAUCUAAAAAGGCAUUUAAGGAUACAUACUGGAGAAAAGCCUUACAAGUGCGAAAUUUGUUUUAAGCAAUUUAGUCAAAUUGAACAUUUGAAAAAGCAUUUAAGAAUACACCCUGGAAAAGUGUGUUAA